AGCGGGCGCGGGCCGGAGCGGGCGCGGCGGCGGCGGCGGCGCGGGCCUGAGCGGCGGCGGCCCAUGGGGAAGUACUGCGCCAGCCUGAGCGUCCUCAAGGGGCCCUGGGACCAGGUCUUCGCCGCCUUCUGGCAGCGCUACCCCAACCCCUACAGCAAACAUGUCCUGACCGAAGACAUCGUGCACCGGGAAGUGACGCCGGACCAGAAGCUGCUCUCCCGGCGGCUCCUGACCAAGACCAACAGGAUGCCCCGCUGGGCGGAGCGCUUCUUCCCCGCCAACGUGGCCCACUCCGUCUACAUCUUGGAGGACUCUAUCGUGGACCCCAAGAACCGAACCAUGACCACGUUCACCUGGAACAUCAACCACGCACGUCUCAUGGUGGUGGAGGAGCGGUGUGUUUAUCAGGUGAACCCAGAGAACAGCAACUGGACUGAGGUCAAGCGAGAAGCCUGGGUUUCCUCCAGCCUGUUCGGCGUCUCGCGGGCUGUCCAGGAGUUUGGUCUGGCCAGGUUCAAAAGCAACGUGACCAAGAGCACUAAGGGAUUUGAAUACGUGCUAGCAAGAAUGCAAGGAGAAGCUCCAUCCAAAACACUGGUGGAGACUGCCAAGGAAGCGACCGAGAAAGCCAAGGAGACAGCUAUAGCUGCUACAGAAAAAGCCAAGGACUUGGCCAGUAAGGCAGCCACCAAGAAGAAGCAGUAUGUGUGAGCAGCUCGGCACAGGCAAGAAUCAAGCCCACACCAGAACAGAUAGGAGCCUCUUAAAUUUUAUAUUUUUUAAACAAACUGUACAAGUCUGACAAUCAGCUGCUGUUAGAUCCUUUGUAAGAUGUAAUUAUCAUUAAAGAAUCUACUUCCACCUCUAA